GGCCAUCUAUGGUGGACAUGUACUAGGUUUUGUUUUAAUGGUAUAAUUUAUAGUUAAUUAAAUAAAUUAUCUGAGUUACAAAUCACUAACUUAGAAAAAAGCUGUGAUAAAAACAAGCGUUAAUUAUUAAUGACGUGUAAGUUUUGUUUUGUGCAACGUGCAACUGAAAUUAUCAAGAGGAUAUAAAUAAAACUAGCCUAUUGAAAAUUAGGUUAUUAAAAAAAUGAUGUUAAAACUUGUGGCUGUGUCUUUAUUUCUUUUUAUUGCAAUUAAUUAUGGAGAUGGUCAACAACGAAAAUCAGCACUUUCUCUGGGAGAAAGAGUACAACAUUUAUCAGAAAUGGCCAACAAACGAGCAGUAUUGAAAUUUAAUAGCAACAAAUUCAGAGAAUAUAUAAGAGUUCAACCAAAAAAUUAUUCAAUGAUUGUGAUGUUUACAGCAUUAGCCCCUCAUCGGCAAUGUGUUGUUUGUCACCAUGCAAGUGAUGAAUUUACAAUUGUGGCAAAUUCAUUUCGAUAUUCUCAGGUGUACUCUAAUAAACUGUUCUUUGUUUUAAUUGAUUUUGAUGAUGGUUCAGAUAUAUUCCAAAUGUAUAAGCUAAACACUGCCCCAAUAUUUAUUCAUAUACCUCCCAAAGGAAAAUUGAAGCCUCAAGAUAAUAUGGAUAUUCAAAGAGUAGGGUUCUCAGCUGAGGCCAUUGCAAAGUGGAUUGCUGAGAGAACAGAUGUACAGAUUCGUGUAUUCAGGCCACCAAAUUAUUCUGGAACUGUAGCAUUAGUUGUUUUGUUUACAUUAGUAGCAGGAUUUUUAUAUUUGAGGAGAAACAAUUUAGACUUUUUGUAUAACAAAACAAUGUGGGCAACUGGCGCUGUUUUCUUUUGUCUUACAAUGAUAUCAGGGCAAAUGUGGAAUCAUAUCAGAGGACCUCCUUUCGUACAUAGAGGGCGAGAUAAUGAAGUGGCUUAUAUCCACAGCUCUUCACAUUCCCAAUUUGUAUUGGAAACAUACAUCAUAAUGGUCCUCAAUGCGGCAAUAGUAUUUGGAAUGGUGCUUCUUACUGAAUCAGGGAAAAAAGGUGAUCCAUGGAAACGCAAGAUGUUUGCUGUAACAGGUUUAAUAUUGGUCACAGUAUUCUUUUCAUUGUUACUUUCNUAG